AUGUCAGAUGCUCUAUCUGCUCGUGGAAUUCCAAAAAGUGAUCUGAUUGAGGACGUCGAAUCAUGGCUUACAAAAGAGAAGUUGUCCAUUGAAGAAGCAGAAGUGGUUCUUCGUGAAAAAUACGGAAAAUACAAGUACGUCGAAUCGAGUAUGACUGCACAAAAACAACGAAUGUCGGAAAAGAUUCCGGAAUUUGAGAACAGUUUGAGCAUCAUUGACACUUUGAUAGCAAAAAGAGCUGCCAAUGAAUCAUUUGAGACGACUUUCUUACUUUCCGAUGAUGUCUACACCAAAGCAACCGUUCAAAAACCAGAAACUGUUUCUAUAUGGCUCGGUGCAAAUGUAAUGGUUGAGUACGAUUUGGAAUCUGCCAAAAAGCUGUUGGACAAGAAUCGUGGAUCUGUCCAGAAAGUAGUGGAUGAGUUGACCAGCGAGUUGGCAUACAUUAAAGACCAAAUCACAACAACGGAAGUGAACAUGUCUCAUAUCGUCAACUAUGGUGUCAAUAAGCGUCGUCUGGCUUCUGCUAAAUAA